AUGUACUUUUGUCUUUAUCUAGUAGUAAUAACGAUCAUUGUCAAUUGUCUGUAUACAAUUGUUUUAACUCGUUCAUCAACAAACAAUGAUAGCAAUCGAAUUGAUCCAAUUGUACGUAAUAUUAAACAUAUUGUUGAUGAAGCUCUUCAAGAUGAUACAUCCAAUGAUAUUGAUAAUGAAUUUUUAAUUGAACAAUUAAGUCGAAUACUUGAACAAGAAGAAGGUUUUAGAUUAGUUGAUCGUAAACAACGAUCAAUAUAUUCAACUAAUAAUGAUGAAAUAGGAAUUUUUGAUGGAUCAGGAGAUCUUGAAAGUGAAGAAUUACCACCAGUCUAUUCAAAUAUGAGUAUCGUAGCAUUUACAAUGGGAACUACUACAACUGCUUUCGCUAAAUAUACACCUCGUACAUAUUCUCCAUGUCGUUGUGAGAAGGGUGAACGCGGAGAGAAAGGUGAUGCUGGUAUAUGUCCGGCAGAUUGUACUGUGAAAUAUAAUACAGAAACAAAAGAUUGUCUUGGUUCACAAAUUAAUAUACAACAUCUUGCUCAAUCAAUUCGUCAAUUAAUUGUUGAUAGCAAAAAAAUUGCUUAUCGAAAUGCUCGAGCAGUACCUUGUGUAUGUACACCAUCAUCAUUAUCAUCUACAACAGUAUCAUCAAUAUCUACUCCAUUUACUCUGGAUUAUAAUACUUAUAUGCGAUUAAAAGGUGAUAAAGGUGAUAUUGGUACAUCAUGUUCACCAACAUGUACACAAUCAAUACAGACUAAUGUACGAGUAUUUAAAACCUUACAACAAGCACUCGAUACUUCAUCAACUUAUCCUGAUCAUACAUAUAUUCAUAUUGUUAAUGACUAUGGACGUUUACAAGGUGUUUAUAUUCGAGUUCAUGGUCAAUUAAUACCAUUACGAUUAGAAAGCGAUAGUUCAUAUUAUGUACAAGUACAAACAUUACCACCGACAACAUUAUCCAAUCCGAAACCUCGAUGUACUACUACCCUUCCAUGUAAAAGCCUUCAUAUAUUUGCUGUUGGUCCUCGUGUACGUAAAAUGUGUUAUCCAGAACGAACAGAUUUAUUAUGUUCGAAAUUAUCUGAUUAUGAUGAUUUAUGUGAUCAUAUAUCUCAAAGUCAAGGUUUAACAGGUUUUUAUCGAGCAUUUAUGUCAACAAGAACACAAUGGUUAUCAAAUUUAUUUACUGGUAUUUGUGUUAGUGCAACAAUUGUUAAUAUGCAUGAGAAAAUUUUAUUUGACACAAUUGAAGAUAUAUUUCAACAAAAACCACCACAAAAUGAAAUUCUUGAUGUACAAGGAUUAAAACCUCAAUUUCAAUAUUGGUGGCAUGGUACUUAUGUCAAUGGAACAGCUUCAAGUGAUACAUGUCAUGAUUGGAGUCGACAAGAUUCAAGUUUAUCUGGUAUUGCAAGUCGUAUACCAGAUGGUAAACAUGGAUUAUUUCAUCAACAAUAUACAUGGCCAUGUUCAAUAAGUGACACAAAUAUGGGAAUUUUUUGUAUUGAAACAAAUUGUCAAAGAAUAAAUUAUCAUUAA